AUGUCUUUUGUUUCAAAUCUCAUCUCAAACAAUGAAAGCUCCGAAGAGGUAGCAGAGCUUCUUCCUAAAUUCGUUUCAUCAAUCAGCAAAUCUUCACCACUCAUCUUCUUCUACCACAUGAUCGACGCCGAAGAAACAACUCUCACUGUCCAGGUGCUCGGAGCUAACAUCUCCUUUAAAUUCAGCCACCAGAGAGCUAAACGCUUCAUCUCCCAAGGGGGAAUUACAAGGCAACUCGAGAACAAGACGACGGGCUUCAUCGCUGUUGCGACACCCCAAGCGCAGCGUAUUGUUCUAGCUGCCGCCGAAUCUGGCCAUGGCCUCGGACAAUAUGGCGAUCUUCUCGACAAAAAGAAGGGCGUCCUUCCGAAUAAUGUUUGGACGAGACGAGUCAUAUCCAUGGGUAGGAUACUUGGUAUGAAAAUGGGGAGUCCCUACGACAGGACAAGCAUCGAUGAGAAUAGGGAUGGUAUCUUUUUGGGAUCCCAUGUUGAAGUCAAACUCGCAGUUCACGGCAUCUGUGUUCUCCUCGAGUCCUUCAAGAUCACGAAAGACCUGGACAAAGUCACUAUGGAGGAUCUGCACAAACUCCGUACUGUUCGCUGGCAAGAUGGCACUCGCCCGCUCUUUGAAGUGUACUUCUCCCGAAAGCACUGCCAGCGUUGCAAGUCGUUAGUGCGCAGGCUAUCAGACGCGACGAGAGUCACCAUCAGGCUACUCUGGAGAGAUCGCUUGAUCAAGAAAGAGUAUGUUCUAAGAGACAUUCAUAACAACAGUCCUAGACGUCCAGUCCAAAGCGCAGCUUUCGACCCCCAAGAUUUCGAUUUUGGUGACAUCCUCCCCGACGAUUCAGGCAUAGAAGUCAUAUCCGACGACGAGGAGGUACAACACGUCGACCAAAUCGAUCUGACAAACAUACGAUCCACUUCACCAGCAGGCAUGUCUGAAGAAAUUGACAGUCUUAUAGAUGGCCUCGCCUAUCGAGUUGGCCAGAUGCAAGACUGUCCCGAAGGAGCGACAUCCGCUCUUGUCGGUUUCGCCAGGACCAUGAGCGCUCAUAACAGGAGGAAGAAUGCCGUUCAUGUAAGCAAACCUCUUCCCGCGACGCCGGUGAUAGAAGCACCUAUCGAAGUACUCGAGGGCAAUGAACGACAGCGACAGACGGUCCCUCGUGUACAGCGGACUCUGUUUGGUCGAUCACGCAACAAUGGAGGCCCGCAGAGAGCAAGGAGUGCCUCGCCUUGCAGAAGGAGAGAGAGGCCCGUUCGGGAUCGUUCACCGCGACGAUAUCUCAUGACGAGACCGGAGAACGGCUCAGCACGGAUCUUGGAAAGGGUGCCUAGCAGUUCGGUGCCCUGUGGCCUAAUCCAAGGGGCCGAGCACAUCUGA